AUGCCUCGACCAAAGGUCCGCCUCGAGGACCGUCGACGCGCGGUAAAGGCCUGUGUCCCUUGCCAGAAUAGCAAGAAGAGAUGUGACUCGGAAACUCCAUGCGCCAAUUGCCGACGACGAGACUGUAUUGCUUCUUGUAUCUACGACCCGGACGCAGCUCGUCCACGACGUCUCGGCAGUAAAUAUAACCAUUUUCCGGCCAAAUACCGAGAACAAGAGCGACGAGGCAGCACCAACACCAUGACCACCGCCAUAAGCAACGACGAUCACUCGAGCCUGGAUCACACCAUUGGCUCCGACACCAUGUCAUCUAUCAACGUCGCUCACGCGCAAGUGCGAGAUCCUCAAACUCCAGAGUCGACCCAAGGUCCAUGUUCAAACGCUACUCCAGAUGCUCCUCUGGCGCCUUACACGCCCAACAUCCGUAGCUCUGCGCAGAAUCUAGAAGGUGAAAAAGUAUCAAUGGGUGAUUCUGUAUCACUCUCCUUCCUCGAUUUCUUGCGCCACACGUUUCUACAGUACAUGGGACCAUCACCAUUCACUGAUAAAGAGAGUGCAAAAGCCAUGCUAGAGUCAUCCUUUCCUCUCUGUUCCUCUGGUGACAUAUCGGAAGGCAGUCCCGAGAGCCACCUAAGCCUGGAAGAAAAAAAGGACUAUAUUGAGAGAUUCUUCAUUGCCACUACUGGCCUUGUCUACCUAUACUCUCCCAAGCAACUUUUAGACAUGCUCCAGGAAAGAGAAGAAACUGAGGGACGGCCAGCAGACCAAUCUAACCAGGAAUCAUCCCACCUACAUAGCGCCGUUAUAGACAUGGCCAUUGCGAUUGGCGGCCAGGGCUGCGGUACCACCCCAAAGAGCCUAUAUCAUGCACAAAGGCAUUUCGACCGUGGUCAAAAGUCUGCUUUUGGGGGCAUGCUCCUUGAUCCCGAAGUUGACUUGAUAGCCGUCUUUCUCAUGAUGAGUAUUUUCAUGCUUUGCGCAUGCAAGAGGAAAGGGGCUUUCAUAUAUCUAGGCGUCGCAGCCCGUUUGGCACAUGCUAUGGGUUUACACAUGCCUGAGUCAUACCACCAUAUGCCAGCACAGGAGCAAAUAUUCAGGGCUCAGGUGUGGAAAAGCCUACGGAUCCUUGACAUUGCCUUCGGAGCGGUCGUUUCUCAAACGCCAGCCUCGUCUCAGAAACGUUCAUUGGAUGAGGCCGCAUUCCCAGUCCCCGACAGCCUGGAACCUUCGCCUCCAGAAUAUCUCUCUAUGCUGGCAAGCUUCGGUGUUUGUACCAUCCUCGAACAAAUCACACACCACCUCGAUUAUAAGGAAGAAAUGAGUCUCGCAUCGAUAAAAGACCUCCUGUCUCGCCUGCGGGAUUGGAGUUCGUCGUUACCAUCAAGCGUUAGGACGUCGUCGGUUAGCUUACCUCUAUCAUCAGAGCAAAGACGGAGAACACUAGGCAACUUUGCUGUCUCUUGCUUUUACUAUUACGCUGUCAUACUGGCCACACGACCGGUUCUGAUUUCUCAUCUACUCAUGAAGCUCGGACGCUUAGACCCAUCAGCUACCUCAUUUCCUUCCGGACGUCGUGUACAGAUGUGCGAGACAGAAGAAAUAGCCCAGGUCUGCGUCGACGCGUCACUCCUCCUAGUCGAGACAACGAAACGGACUCAGUCAGUUGGUCUACUCAUCGAGAAUAUGGCACUACUCAAGGCAUGGCUAUUCAGCGCAAGUCUCAUCCUGGGCUUUUCCCUUUUCGUAGACGCGUCAUUAUCCGAGGCAUCACCGACGUUUGCAAAAGAAGCAGCCUUACAUUGCGGCAUUGGUAUCAUUCGAGAACUGGCUCAGACAAGUCCUCAAGCUCAUCGCUAUCUGGACGUCUUAACGGAGCUCCGUAACGCACUCCAACAAUACCGCGAGCGUCUCAUUCCUAGACCGGAAAGAAUUAGGGGGGAAUAUCUCAGCCAAAUCUUCGUUCUCAAUAAAGAGGGAAGUGCACCGGUAGAUCCAGAUCAGGAUGUAACAGCUUUCACACCUUCCGUUGUGCCUCCAGAUCUCGGGGCCGAGUCAUCGGGAGUAGGCUUGUCAACGCCUCAGUCGGCUGCGGAGUCCACACAAGGAUUGAAUGACGUGUGGAAGAUAUUGGAUGAAAGUUUUCCAUUCACGAAUCAUGAAUUGUCCGGGCAACCUGUGUGUACCGAAUUUGUGCCCAUGGCUGCGGGUGGGUUUGAUCUACAUUGGUGUGGAGUUUCGGUUCAGGGGACGGAUAAUUAUCUCUUUGAUGUGGAAACGUUUGAAGGCAUAUUGAAUUGA